AUGUUUGCAAUUGCAUGCACUGAGUUUCUGCAAGCACGAGACUCUGCUGCUGUCCUGUGGACGCUUGUUUUGCUGGCGGAUGUCCAGGGCAUCUGCGAUGAUGCGAACGGCAAGCUGGAGCUCGCCCAGUCUUCGUUGCAGCAAUCGCAGGAGAGCUGCGCUGAGCUGCAAGAAAAGGUGAAGGCUCUUGAGCGAAACUUGAGGGCGAAGCAAGGGAGAAGGAGGCAGAUCUGCUCCCAUCAAUCAAAAGCCUAUGCGCUGCAAUUUUCUUCUGCUUGUCUUCGACAGGUGCAGAAGCAAGAAGCGGCGACCCUGCUGCAGUACGCUUGGAACUGCAACCAGGAGGCUGUGGAGGCAGAGCUUCGCACCUGCAAGCAGCAGCUGUGGUGGCAGUACCAUGCGUGGUGA